AUGGCGGCACCACAUUCUUCUUCAUUUCUCACUAUCUCCAUCCUCUUAUUCGUCAUUUUCUUAUCAUAUUCUUCUGUUAAUGCUCUACCAGGAGGAAUAACUGAAAUCAAAGAUGUGAAAACGAACAAAGAAGUUCAAGAUUUGGGUAAAUUUUCAGUUGAUGAGUACAAUCUGAAAUUCAAGAAAGGCGAAGAAGGAAGUUUGACAUUUCAAGAAGUUGUGAAAGGUCAGAAGCAAGUUGUUGCAGGGAUGCAGUACUUUUUGAAGGUUUCUGCAAUGGAAAAUGGAACACCUAAAUUGUUUGACGCUGUUGUUGUUGUAAAAGCUUGGGAGACACCUGCGGAUCGUCUUAUUAGUUUUGAUCCUUCUUCAACAGAGAAUUAG